AUGGCGCAGCAGACGCCUUACAUUGGGUCAAAAAUAAGUCUGAUUUCCAAACUCGACAUUCGUUAUGAAGGUAUUUUGUAUACUGUGGACACGAACGAAUCAACCAUUGCGCUAGCUAAAGUGCGAUCGUUUGGCACGGAAGAUAGGCCAACUACAAAUCCUGUAGCUGGACGUAACGAUGUUUACGAAUACAUUAUUUUCAAGGCAAACGAUAUCAAAGAUUUGAUUGUUUGUGACACUCCUAAACCCGUUGUUGAACUGAGCGGCGGAUUACCAUAUGAUCCAGCUAUCAUUACUGUAUCUCAGAAUCGUACAUCUGGGAUACCUUCGCAGCCAGGAGUCGGCGGCAAUCUUAAUACUGUUAGUGGAGGAUGUAAGUUUCCAUCUAUUGUCUGUCUACCAACAGUUUCAAGUUACACAUCUCGUUCUGACACACCGAAUCGUGUCUCUCCAAGCGUAGAGGCGGCACCACCUGCAAUUUCGCGUGCUCCAGGUACAGGGCGUUCUCAGCGCGGCGCAGUCGGAGCAGGGCAGUAUCCAGAUCAGUCAAAAAAUCGUGGUGGAUUUAAUCAACAAAUACAGCCCCCGUACAGCGCUAAUUCAAAUGCCAUGCAUAUGAUUGGAAACAGUCGACCACCACCAGUGCAAAUUCCGCCUAAUUACAACAAUGUGCCUCCUGCGGGGUCUCAAAAUUAUUACUCGAACUACCGUGGUGGUGCUGGUGGACGUGAUUAUUAUCAGCGUGGAUUGGGUGGACAAAGAGGUGGUCGAGGGGGCACAGCUGGAAAACCGGUCCAGAAAGAAAAACAAAUCAAGUUUGAAAGUGAUUAUGACUUUGAAAAAGCAAACGAACAGUUCCAAGAAACACUGAGUAGUAUCACGAAAGAAAUGAAGAAGACUACUAUAGAGGACGAUGGGUCAGAAAAAUGUUCGGCUGCAGGAGAGAAGAAGGGCAUUACCAAGGAGGAAGCAGAUGUAACUGAAGAAGAGAAGACUGAGGAAUCACCUUUCUAUGACAAGAGUAGGUCUUUCUUCGACCGGAUCUCCUGCGAGUCGCUGGAAAAACAGGAGGGGAAGCAAGCAAAAUUAGAUUGGCGUAAAGAAAGGGAGACAAAUCAGGAAACUUUUGGCCAUUCUGCGGUCCGUUCUUUGGCCUUCCGACGCGGAAGAGGUAUGAAGGGAGGUCGUGGCAUGAAUUACCGCCGUAAUGAUGGAUAUUACAACUAUGCCGGUGGGCCUCGCGGCGGCUACGGGUAUCAAGGGGAUCGUGAAAGGCGUGGCGGCAAUGGUUACCGGAAAAGUUAUAUGGGGCCGUAA